AUGAGAAAAGUACACAACAGAACAGCGGAUCAACACUUCCCGCGGCCUCGGCCGGCGUCCCCGGGCCCUGAGCGGCCGCCGGGCCGGGCGGUGCAGAAGCCAUGGGCGGCGGCCACAAUGUGCAAUAACGUGGUGGCGCGGGCCGCGGGGCGUUCACUUCCCCACGGGCGGCCCGGCCCUCGGCUGCCUCCCCAGCCGCGCUCUUCCACCGCCCCGCGCCCCGCGCCCCGCGCCGGCGUCAGGAAGCAAUACCGGCCCGGCCGGGCGGCGGCGGGGUCACCGCAUGAACUCGCCGGGGGCCGGGCCCUGGCCAGCCGCGCGGCACUCUUUUCUAAUAUUUGCUGCCCGCCUGUCCUCCGGAGCAGGGCUGCGGCGGACUGUGCACCCCAGGAGCCCCGGGGAGAGCCCACCCACACGGAGACUCGACUCCUGCCUUUAAAAUGUGUAGAACACGCACUGGAGUACUACUCGACCCUGAACAGGAGCAAGGCUCAGACAGCAGAGGGCGGGGACCUGGGGACACUGAGGGGCCGGGGCAGCUCGGGAGCGCAGCACCAUCUGCCUCCCAGUUGGCAGUCCCCGGGCGGGCAUGGCGGGGUGCAGAACUCAGGCCCGCUGGGCCCCACUGCUCUGGACACAGCUCGGGGUGAUUCUUACAUCCAGUCAGUGGAAUGUCUGUUCUGUGCUCCGGACCCCCCCAAAAUCCAAGGCACCUCGUUCUGGGCCUGGGGCGUGGCUCCCCUGGCCCUCUGUCUCCUGAACCCCUGCCCCCCACCAAGCCUGUGUCCCCGUUACAAUCCCUGCUACUCGCGCGUGGACCCCGCGGAGGCCCGGCCACGCACCGGGCCGCGGGUCCUCCGGAGCCACCACCCGGGGCAGCCCGCUUGGGGCCACGGCUGCCCCAGGAUUGCAGUGCGGGCGGGCCCAUGCGGCGGCGGCCCGGGGCGGCGCGGGCGGUUAAGGCAAGGCGGGCGGGCGGGCGGGCGAAGCCGAGCGCGGCCCGGGGGCCAGUGCAGCGCGGCCCGGGGGCCAGUGCAGUCCGGCCCGGGGGCCAGUGCAGCGCGGCCGGAGCACGUGCGGCCGGCCGCUGUUAUUGCGAGCGCGGGGUCCCGGCGGGCGGCACCCCGCCGGCCCGGCCGCUGCCCCGACCCUGAGACGCGGGCUCGAGGGCGCAGCGCGGAGGGCAAGCCUCUGCUACACGCCCCGCGGCUCCGUCCUUCAGACCCGGGGGGCCGCGGGCACGGGACCCGGGGGCGGGUACAGUCAGCGCCGGGGACCGGGGCCGGGAUCGGGGACAGGGGGACACCGGGGACACCGGGGGUGGGACGGACGGGGCGCCGGCUGCCAGCCCUCUCCGGACAUCCCUGA